GCGCUCGCGUGUCACUCAAGCGGAGUCAGCAGCUGGCACGCGCCCCCCGGUGACGUGAAGCGGAGCGCACAGAUCGAAAGUUUCUUAAACAGCCUUAUCUUCCUGCUGCGCGCGCUCUCCGCGUCUUUAAACCCACCCUUUUACCAAAAUGUUUUUCUGCCUCAUCCUUUGCCUCGGCUGAACCUGUCAUGUAGAGACCGCGCGCUGCGGAGCUCCGGGGGAUUUUUUUUUUUACGGGAUCUUGCGGUUCGGGAGCGGCAGAGCGCGCGGCUUGCUGGUCUGCUGUGCGGGGUUUCGGUGACCGCCGGGCGGACGGGCCACCAUGCUCCGGCCGUGGGCUGCGCUCUGGAUCCCAGCUGUGCUCCUGUGUCGGGCGGUGGCACAGUACUCCAGCGACCAGUGCAGCUGGCGAGGAAGUGGUUUGAGCCAUGAGUCUCACCGCAGAGAUGUGGAGCAGGUCUACCUCCGCUGCUCGCAGGGGUCUCUGGAGUGGCUCUAUCCCACUGGAGCCAUCAUUGUUAACCUGCGGCCAAACACAGAGCGCUCGACAGAACACAUGGCAGGUCUCCAUGUGUGCAUCAAACCCCACGCUUACUCCAAGGGUUCUCAUGUGUAUCUGGAGCAUAACGGAGAUCUGAGGCUGCUGCUGGCAGAGAAGGAUCAGCUUCAGGGCACAGUGCACUGUUUCAGCCUGGCAGAGGGAGCGCUUUUUGUGGAGGCUGUCCCUCAGACAGACAUCAGCCGGAGGAUCACAGCUUUCCAAUAUGAGCUGGUGUCCAGUCAAGGGCCUGGGGCACACAUGUACCCGUACCUGCACCCUGAGUCAGUCACCUGUAAACCCUGCUCAGAUGAAGAGGUCCUUAUGGCUGUGUGCACCAGCGACUUUGCUGGCAGUGGCAUCUUGCGAAGCGUGGCGUCAGGUACAGACGACCACUCUGCUGUUGUGGUGACUCUGAGUCGGCUGUUCCGUCAGAAGAGCGGGGUGUUCGCUUGGGGUGGGGCCAAAGGGCGGGGCUGGGGUGGACGCAUCAAUGUUCCCGCACAGUGCACUUUGCAUCCUGGAGGAGAUGAGUACCUUUUGACUGGUUCUAUUUAUUUUGGUGAAGCCUGGCUUGGCUGUGCACCUCGCUACAAAGACUUCUUGAAGUUGUACAUCACAGCACAGAGAGCGGGAACAAACCCCUGUGAAAUAGACACAGACUGAAAAUCUCCUGGUGGGUAAAACAGGGUGAAGUGCUUCUCAAAAACAGUCAGUGAGGAAGACACAAAGGGGGACAUGCAGACACUUGGAGGCUGGAGCGACUUAAUCUUUGAGGCCAUCAGAAAGAUAAGCAGAGUUUCAGACCCCCAUCGUCAUUAAGGGAAACUUUAGCAUGGCUCUAUUCAGUGCUGUGGAAGUUGUUUGUUGCCUUGUGGCAGAAAAGCCAGUCGGAUAGUUUAAACAUUUUAGUGCUGUUGUGCUGCCUAAACUAAAAUCUGCCCAUUUGACUGGACUUGUAUAUUGUCUGUAAAUAUGUUGAUGCAUGAGUGAGGCAGCGAAUGAAUGAAUGAUGAGCUUAAAUUAAUUUUGUGCCUAACUGGUCAAAGUUUUUAUUCCCAUGACGAUACUGCUUGUGUGAUCAUUCUCGAAAUGAAUGUUUGCUUUGUAAAAAGCUUUCUGUAAAAUUUAGGAGUCUUCUGACAGAAGUGUUCAGUAUGCAGCUCUGUGAGUCUUUAAGUGUGUGUUUUGAGUUCAGAGGGUCUGAUACAUAUACAGAAAAUAAAAAGCCACGCUUCAGCCUGUC